CGCGAAAAAUUCAGUGCCAGCCCUGGCCCCGACCCAUCCUGUGCCAACCCUCACGACCUGGACAGAAAGUUGCUAAACCGACGGCCCUUGGAUUGCGAAUAUCCUCACCCAGCCAGAUUUCCAACACGACAACCACCGCAAUCAUGUCGACUCAGAGCGUCCAGUGCUUCGGCAAGAAGAAGACGGCCACCGCCGUCGCCCACUGCAAGGCGGGUUCCGGCCUCAUCAAGGUCAACGGCCGUCCUCUCAACCUCCUCCAGCCUGAGGUCCUCCGCUUUAAGGUCUACGAGCCCGUCCUCAUCGUUGGUCUUGACAAGUUCGCCCAGGUCGACAUCCGGAUCCGGGUGUCCGGUGGUGGCCACACCUCGCAGGUCUACGCUGUCCGCCAGGCCCUCUCCAAGGCCCUGAUCGCCUACUACCAGAAGUUCGUCGACGAGCACAGCAAGAACCUGCUCAAGCAGGCCCUCACACAAUACGACCGCACCCUCCUCGUCGCCGACAACCGCAGAUGCGAGCCCAAGAAGUUCGGUGGUAAGGGUGCCCGCUCCAGAUUCCAGAAGUCUUACCGUUAAAAACGGUCGGCACGACAUCGUCAACGACAACAAGAACAACACCCGCCUGGCGUCUUUUUGUUUGUGGGGAAAUCUGGGGGUUUUGGUGCUGUGCAAAGCGAAGGGAAAUGCAAAAAGCUUAACGAUGACGGAUCGAUGGGGGGGUGGUUCACCCAAAAAGCGGUGCUACGGCCGCGGCGACGGCACGGCCCGCAAGGCCCCCCCUCUUGUCUUUGUUUCCGCCUUUCCUUGAUCUGGUCGUGGGUUUUCCUUUACUUCUGGCUCGACGGCGAUAUUCGGUCAUGGGUUGGGAAAGCCUCUUCUGGGAGUCAUCAAAAAACAAGAACAUGAAUUGGGAAAGAGAGUCCCCUCUCUUUUUUAUGAUCGAAAUGCAUUUACAUUGGCAGUGCUCAGCUGCCUGGUUGUAAAAUGAUAGGCGAAUACAAUGACAAAAAACAAAACAAACCUUGACCAAUCUG